AUGGUCUUCGAUCCCAGUAAAGUAAACGGCGCAGACGAAUGUAUUCCGAACGACCAGCCGGGAGGCAAAUACGGUUAUAGAAUUGGCCAUAAGAAAGGAGAAUACCAGAUCCCCGAUGUUAUCCUGGAUGCGUGUAGUAAGCACGUCAAGGUCGUGACGAUUGGUGCAGGCAUCAGUGGUAUCUUUCUGUCAUACCUGUUUCAGAAGCAUGGCGAAAACCUCGAGCACGUAGUCUAUGAGAAGAAUGGCGACAUUGGUGGCACAUGGCUGGAGAACAGGUACCCUGGUGCGGCUUGCGAUGUGCCAUCUCAUGCAUAUACAUUUGGAUUUGCUCUCUAUCCGGACUGGCCGAAAUACCUGAGUCCAUCCGAGGAUAUAUUUCGCUAUCUCAGCAGAGUAGUCGAGUGUUUCGAGCUCAGAAAGUACAUCACCUUCAAUUCUGCCGUCAUGGGAUGUACUUGGGACGAGGAGAAAGGAAAAUGGCACCUGAAGAUCCAGGACUCCGUCACUGGCGAGGUCAGAACAGACACAUGCGAUAUUCUGAUUGGAGCAGGCGGGAUAUUGAACUCUUGGAAGUUCCCCGACGAUGUUGAAGGACUGCAUUCAUUCAAGGGCCGUCUGAUCCAUACUGCCAGAUGGCCCGCCGAUUAUGGCCAGGACGAAUGGAAAGACGAGCGUGUGGCAGUCAUAGGAUCCGGUGCAACAUCGAUCCAAGUCGUGCCGACCAUGCAACCACAUGUUAAGCAGUUGGAUGUGUUUGUACGAACACCAGUAUGGUUUGCCGAGUUUGCCGACCACGCAGGGGACAAUUUUCACUAUUCCGACGAGGACAAAUCAAUCCUGAGGGAAAAUGCCGAUGCGCUCGUCAACAAGGCAAAAUUCAUUGAAGACAAGCUGAAUACAGUCGCUGGUCUCAAGGCAUUCAUGGUCAACAGCGCAGAGGCAAAGAUGAUCCGCAAACAUUUUACUGAUCGGAUGAGGCGAUACAUUACCGACGACCAGAUCUUCCAGCAGCUACUUCCCGAUUUUGCUGUUGGCUGCCGCCGCUUGACUCCUGGAAACCCCUAUAUGCGUGCCGUGCAAGAAGCCAACGUCAAUAUUCACCGAUGCGCCGUGACAAAGGUGACGCCCCACAGCAUCAUUGGCUCCAACGGCGACGAGGUCGAGGUGGACACCAUCAUCUGUGCCACGGGGUUCGACGUCAGCUUCCGACCGCGCUACCCCAUCAUCGGGAGAAAUGGCGUAUCGCUCCAGGACAAGUGGAAAAGCAUUCCAGAGGGUUACCUGAGCGUGGCGGUGCCGGACAUGCCAAAUUACUUUACCGUCAUGGGCCCGUCCUUCCCCAUUGCCAACGGCAGCGUCAUGGGGGCCCUGCAGGCCGUCGCCAAGUAUAUUGUACAAAUGGUGCAAAAGGUUCAACGCGAGCAUAUUCACUCCCUUUGCCCCAAACAAUCGGUGACGGAUGCUUUCAAUGAGCACACCCAGGCGUGGGUGGCUGGCACUGCCUGGGAUGAUCCAAAGUGCCGCUCCUGGUACAAGGACAGCAGAACCGGCCGCGUCAAUGCCAUCUGGCCCGGGAGCUCGCUGCACUUUUGUCAAGCCAUGAAGCAGCCGCGCUUUGAAAACUUUGAGAUCCAAUAUGACAAUUCCUUGAACAUGUGGGAGUUUAUGGGACUUGGCUUUACAAAGGACAUGAUGUCGGAUGAGCCGGAUUUAAGCCCUUAUAUUAAUAGCGCUGAGCUGGACGAACGCUUCACGAAAUUUCAACCUGAUCUCCCUGCGGAAGAAGCCAGAGUGAGAAAGAUGGCAGAUAUGGUUCACGACUUGGCUUCUUGA